AAACCUAAUCAAAAGUUUUAGAUAAAGCCUAAAGUUGGAACAGUAGCGUUUGGAGUAGCAGCGAGUCAAGGAGCACUUCUUCUAGCUGGAGGUGAGAAAGGGAUGCGCUAUGCAAUGCCUAACACUCGUGUCAUGAUCCGUCAACCUCAAACUGGAUGUGGAGACGUGAGGAGACAGGUGAAUGAAGCCAUUGAAGCCAGACAAAAAAUUGACAGGAUGUAUGCAGCCUUCACUGGACAACCUCUUGAGACAGUGCAGCAGUACACUGAAAGAGAUCGUUUCUUAUCCGCUUCUGAGGCGCUUGAGUUUGGGCUGAUCGAUGGUCUACUGGAAAUAGAAUACUGAAACAUCAUACAAGACAAUGCACAUUAGACGGUUCAUUGCAUGUUCAAAGCUUCCUAGUUUCAUUUGAAUAUGAACAGUUGUAACUGACUUUGUGCAUAAACCAGCUUGGUUUUAGUGUCUACUAAACAGACUAAAACCAAGCUGUCCCAUUUUUCUAUUUGCGCUGAACCAAUAUGAAAACUUGUGUUCUAUUUACGUUAGGUUCAGCUUGUUACUAUUCAGUUAGGUAAUUAAAAUCAUAUACAAUGCCAAUGCAUUUGUAUCGCUGAA